AUGAGGUCCAACAAAUGCUGUGGAGUGACAGAUGAACGACAGAUCAACAGCCGAUCUCCAAGGAGCACGGGCAGGAAUUUUAUACAGUGGUAUAAGGGACAGACCUUCGGGCUCUCUUUGCUCCCCCAAGAGAUCCGGGGAGCGGGCGCGAAGCCAUCCCUUGCAAUUCUUGGUGCGUCUUUUCUCAUAACGGUUUGGCUCCUUCUUACCGCACGAUUCGUCGGGUCCCAGGCUGCAGCUUCAGCUCGCUCCGCCACGGGGCGCCCGCCCGCUGGGCCUCUGUGGCUUCAGCUGUGUGUGAUGCUGAGGCCCAGGCGCGACGCGCAGAGCGUGCGGGGUGGGGGUGGGGCGUGUCCGCGGCCCGCUGCGCCGGGUGCGUUCCGAAGUGCGACUUCCCGGUCCUGGCCAGCGGCCGCCCCCGCGGAGGUGGCGCCUGCCGGGACGGCCGGGCCCGGAGGGGCGGGGCCGGGGCUCGGCUCCGAGGUCCUGAGGCUCGGCUCAGAAGCUGAGCGGCUGCAGGACCGCGUCUCCCGAGCCGCCGAGCUGGAGUUGGAACUGGAAUUCCCGGGCGCCGGGGCCCCGGCUGCCGGGCAGCGGCUCCUCCAGGCCAAGGCCCCGGCGGAGAAUGAGCCGGAAGCGGCGGCGGGCUCGCGGCGGAGCGGCGGGGCCGGGAGUCUGCACCGCUGGUUCAUCACCGUGAUCCUGUGUGCCGCCUUCCUGGGGCUGGGAAUGAGUGUUGCUAUCCUGGGACCCACGUUUCCAGAUUUGGCAGUAAAUGUGAACCGCAACAUGAGCAGCCUUUCCGUGGUUUUUGUGGGCCGUGCCUUUGGCUAUUUGGGUGGUUCUGUGAUUGGUGGAGUUCUUUUUGACAGUAUGAAUCCUUUUCUACUUUUGGGGAUGUCAAUGUUGGCUACGACAGUUGGUCUUUAUCUUGUUCCAUUUUGCAAGGCAGUGGUAUUACUGAUUGUCAUGAUGUCCGUCUUUGGUGUUUCAAUGGGCAUCCUGGAUACAGGUGGUAACGUCCUAAUCUUGGCUCUCUGGGGGGACAAAGGAGCCCCGCAUUUGCAGGCCUUACACUUCUGUUUCGCCUUGGGUGCCUUCUUGGCGCCACUGCUGGCUAAAUUGGCAUUGGGCACGACCGUGUCUGCUGAAAACCACACAGAGGCUGACUUUAACGAUUCUGUGCUCAACCAGUCAUCUGAAGCCGCCUCAGAACCUCUACUUGGAGUACCUGACGAUAUGAAUUUACUGUGGGCUUAUGCUGUCAUUGGGACUUACAUUUUUGUAGUUUUUAUCUCUCUUCUUGCUCUGUUUUUAAAGAAAAGCUCAAAGCUGGCAAAAGCCAAAGUGUGCACUCAGAGGUCUCAAAGAGCUAAAUAUCACAACAUCCUGCUUUGUCUCCUCUUCCUGUUCUUCUUUUUUUAUGUUGGAGCCGAGGUGACAUAUGGCUCUUACAUUUUCUCGUUUGCAAUCACUCAUGCUGGCAUGAAAGAAAGUGAAGCGGCCGGAUUGAACUCCAUCUUCUGGGGGGUCUUUGCGUCUUGCAGGGGCCUGGCGAUUUUUUUUGCUGCGUGUUUACAGCCUGGAACCAUGAUCGUGUUGAGCAACAUUAGCAGCGUGUCGUCAUCUUUGUUUCUGGUGCUUUUCAACAAGAGCCCAGUUUGUCUCUGGAUAGCAACUUCCGUGUAUGGGGCCUCGAUGGCAACCACGUUUCCCAGUGGCAUUUCUUGGAUUGAGCAGUACACGACCAUCCACGGAAAAGCCGCAGCAUUUUUUGUCAUCGGUGGUUCCUUGGGAGAAAUGGCUAUCCCUGCCGUAAUUGGAAUUCUUCAAGGAAAAUACCCCGAUUUGCCUGUAGUUUUGUACACGUCUUUGGCGUCAGCGAUAGCCACUGCUAUUUUAUUUCCCGUGAUGUAUAAAUUAGCCACCUCACCUCUCAAUCGUCAGCAAAAAGAACACAGGAAGAGUGAGGACCAGAAAGCUUUGCUCUCUAGCUCUGGGCCGAAUGACUAUGAGGAAGAUGCAGAAAAGUGGAAUGAAGUGGAUUUUGAAGUGAUCGAGAUGGAUGAUAGAAUGAGGAAUUCUGUAAUAGAGACAUCUAGAAACAUUGUGAUGGAGCCCCCAGCCGAAGUCUCCAGCCAGUUCCGCUCAACCGCUUUAGUGUUUGAGUCCUCUCCGGUUAACACUGGCAAGUCCGCUGUGAACCACUUGCAAGAAGUCAGGACAAAAGGGACUAACACUUAGAGAAGGUGGAUUGUUUGCUCACUUCCUUGAGCAACCGUCAGGCCUAAAGAGGCCCGUCAGAGCAGAGCGUUAGCACACUUCCAACGUGUUUUGAGUAUCCAAAUUUCUACGUCAGAGCAUAGCAAAUGCUGACAACGUUUUGAAACGUUCUGUAAUUCCCAGAAUCUUCCAUAAAGAACCAAUGGUCUCAUACAGUAGAAUCUUGUUGUGAGGCUAGUGUUUGGCACAUGGCUGAUUAGGUAAUAUGUGGUGGCCUUCACUCCUCAGAGCAUACAAAGAAGGCAUUUGUUUUUGAGAAGCUGGGUGCCAUCCUAAUAAAGCCAUCUGGUAAUUGAGUCAACUAGCUGAACAAGUUAUCAGUCGUCAGUACUCUCCCAGGGCGGUUGAGGAGAGGAGUUUCAUAAAAGAGCUUCUUUGAAAAUGGACAGAUUUUCAUUAAUUACCCUGUCUGUAGCAUUGGACCAAAGAAUGCUGGUGACUCAUUUGAUUCCUGAUUUCUACGAAGAGAACACGGAACAGGGUCCUACAGACAUGGCUUCAAGCCUUGACUGCUGCUUUCUGGCCUUCGGCCCUGCACUCAGUCACUUAACAUAUGUUGACUUUGUUGAUGUCAUCUCCGGAUCUGUGAUUCUAUAAGUGAAAAUAAGAUGAUUCUCAAAUUAGGAAUCUAUAAGUUUUAAAGGUUAUGCAGGACGUCUGCUAGAAAUUAAUAUAAGUGCCACCCCGUUCUUCAUUUCAAAUGAGAGGUGAAACAAAAUUGAUAGCUUUAAGAAUGUGCUACUGAUUGUGAAUUCAUGUCAAUUUGACACUCAAUGUUUACUACUUUAUUUGAACAAUUACCGGAAGAAUACAUUCUUUAGUACUGUAUUUCAUUGAUUCUAAGAUGCCCCUUUUUUCACAUAUUUAACAUCUCUGAAAUCAGAAUAUGUGUUAAAAUCAAUGAUUAUUUAACAUUGUGACAAAAUUUAAUUGACAGUUUUUUUCCAAAUAUAUAGACAGUAAUGUUGCAUUUUACAAUCAGUGUCUUAGACUCAGUGAAAUACAAUAAUUCAUUCAAUUAUGGAGAUUAUACUAUUUUUACAGACAUUUUAAAAAGAAAAGUUAUUUUUAUAUGCUAAUUUUGUCUAAUUAUGUUCAGACGGGAUUUGGAGAUGCUAUGUUCCGAUUUUAAAAGCUGUUUCAGAGUUACUACGUUAGUAGUGGGGCUGUGGACAGGGCCUCUGGAGUCCUUUGCCUACCUCAGUCACAGGGUCUGGAUGUGAGCCUCGCUGUUCCAGGAUUUGCUCCUCAUUGAGUCCGGUUGGUAAUCACAUCGUAAGCACUGUAAACCAGGCUGCUAGUUUAAUUUACCAUGAGGCACAGUCUUUUCCAGUGAUUGGAAUACUUUAUCAUCAUCCAGGGCUCCUCCUUCCUGAGUUUGACAUACCUGGGAAACCAAAGUGAUGAGAAAGUGGCUUGUUGGCCUAGGAGUCAAGGAUCACAAAGGGUACCUCAUAUGAGUUUGGCCAAGCUGGUGGGGGCUGUCCUUUGAUCAAUGAUGAGCAUCAAUGACAGAUUUUGUUUACUUCUCUUUACCAAGUUGUUUUUUUUUUUUAAGAUUGGCACCUGAGC